AUGAAGGACCGCUCUGCCGUGGCGGAACCGGAUACAAGCAAGCCCACCAGUCUGCAUACCAGUGGCGACUCAAGGCUCAAUGAUGUUGUCGAGACUCGUGCAGGCUCUGAACCUCGGGCGCAAGUCUCAGUGGCGAUCAUUCACAGCUCUCCCGACUCGACGACUGGCUCUACAGAGUCAUCCCCGCGAGGAAGAUCCGUGACACCGAGCGGUAACGAGGAACAACAGGAUGCUGUGGGAUCGUCUAGCUCACACGACAAACCGCCUCAAGAUGUCACUCAAGAGAUGAAGCGGGAUGAGGAGUCUCCUGGGACGAUUACUGUGAUACCCGCUCGGGACCACCUCAUUCCAAUUGAAUCUGAUGGCCCACCUCUUGCCUUUCGUCCGAGGGGUAGCCUAAACAGACCAGUAGUAGUGGUGAAGCCAAAGCCGAAACCGAAGCCCAAGCCGAAACCGAAGCCCUAG